CUCUUCCACCCCCUCUUCACCUUCACAGUUCAGACUAAGCUAAGCUUUGUGAGUAAAUUUACCUUAUCUUCACUACAAGCUCCGCAAUAACCAGAAAUGGCAGCUUCAACAGCCCUCACAACAAGCUUCCUUCAAUCACCCCCUUCUCAAGAUAGACAUUUUUUUGCAGCCAAAACCAGUACUACUACUUCUUGUCCUCUUCCCAGCUCAUACCAUCCAAAGUUGGUUGGAGUAGUAAGAUGUAGUAUGAGGAAAGCUACUACAAGUGAAGAACAGAACAGUACCAGGAUGAAUGCAAGCCAGCAAACAAAGGAGGAGACGUUCAAGAGAUUGCUUGACUUCUCAGGGAACAAGCCCUCCACUCCAAUUCUUGAUACCAUCAACUACCCAAUUCACAUGAAAAAUCUCUCCAUUCAGGAACUUAAAGUAUUGGCUGAUGAAAUAAGAGAACAGAUAGUGUACACAGUGUCAAAGACAGGUGGUCACUUGAGUUCAAGCUUGGGUGUGGCAGAGCUAACUGUUUCACUCCAUCAUGUAUUCAACACUCCUGAUGAUAAAAUCAUUUGGGAUGUUGGGCAUCAGGCCUACCCACAUAAGAUUUUAACAGGCAGGAGAUCAAGAAUGCACACUAUCCGACAAACGUGUGGGCUCGCAGGUUUCCCCAAGAGGGAAGAGAGCGUUCAUGAUGCCUUUGGAGUUGGUCAUAGCUCUACAAGCAUUUCAGCUGGCUUAGGUAUGGCGGUUGGUAGAGACUUGUUAGGGAAGAAAAACCAUGUAAUUUCAGUGAUAGGAGAUGGUGCCAUGACAGCCGGACAAGCAUACGAGGCAAUGAACAAUGCGGGCUAUCUCGAUUCGAAUCUCAUUAUAAUCUUGAAUGACAAUGAACAGGUCUCAUUGCCCACCGCGACAGUCGAUGGUCCUGCACCACCUGUUGGUGCUCUAAGCAGAGCCUUAACCAGGCUACAAUCUGGUAAAAAGUUUCGACAGCUGCGUGAAGUCGCAAAGGGGAUCACCAAGCAAAUUGGAGGCACAACACAUCAAUUUGCUGCUAAAUUUGACUCAUGCAUGCGAGGAAUGGUAGCCGGUCCAGAGGCAUCCCUAUUUGAAGAACUGGGAUUGUACUAUAUUGGUCCUGUGGAUGGUCAUAAUGUGGAAGACCUUGUUCAUAUACUAGAGAAGGUUAAGGCUGAGCCAGCACCCGGACCAGUUCUCAUUCACAUAAUCACUGAGAAAGGAAAAGGGUAUGCUCCAGCAGAAGUAGCAGCAGAUAAGAUGCAUGGUGUUGUGACAUUCGAUCCCAAAUCAGGGAAACAAUUGAAGUCCAAGCCUGGUAGAGGUUCCUAUACAAAGUAUUUUGCAGAUUCACUGAUAGCUGAAGCUGAGAGAGACGAUAAAAUCGUAGCGAUUCAUGCUGCAAUGGGUGGAGGUACAGGACUUAAUUCAUUCCAGAAGCGAUUCCCGGAUAGAUGUUUUGAUGUUGGUAUAGCAGAACAACAUGCUGUUACCUUUGCUGCUGGUCUAGCUUCUGAAGGCCUGAAACCAUUUUGUGCCAUCUACUCUUCUUUUCUACAAAGAGCUUUUGAUCAGGUAGCUCAUGAUGUGGACCUACAGAGACUUCCUGUGAGGUUUGCGAUCGAUCGGGCUGGUCUUGUGGGUGCAGAUGGUCCAACACAUUGUGGGUCAUUUGACACAACUUUCAUGGCUUGUUUGCCUAACAUGGUGGUCAUGGCUCCCUCGGAUGAAACUGAACUCAUGAACAUGGUAGCCACCGCAGCUGCAAUCGAUGACCGGCCUAGUUGCUUUCGGUAUCCAAGAGGAAAUGGCAUUGGUUCUGCUCUCCCUCAGAAUAACAAAGGAACUCCUUUGGAGGUUGGGAAAGGAAGAGUGCUGAGAGAGGGAAGUAGAGUGGCUAUCUUGGGAUAUGGAACAGUUGUGCAAAGCUGUGUAGGAGCAGCAGAGCUGCUCCAACAGCAUGGCAUAUCAGUAACCAUUGCCGAUGCGCGAUUCUGCAAGCCGCUCGAUGGAGAUUUGAUCAGACGUUUGGCUGGAGAACAUGAGGUCCUUCUCACUGUUGAAGAAGGCUCCAUUGGAGGAUUCAGUUCUCAUGUUUCACAUUUCUUGGCAUUGAAUGGAUUACUGGAUGGGAAAUUGAAGUGGAGGGCUAUGAUGCUUCCUGAUAGAUACAUUGAUCAUGGAUCUCAGAGUGACCAGAUUAAAGAGGCAGGGCUUAGUUUGAAGCAUAUUGCAGGAACUGUUUUGUCACUACUAGGACAAAGGGAUAGCCUUAAACUUAUUAGCCUAUAAUUUGCAGAUAUUACUUGCUUAACACUACACAAAAUCAAAGGAUCAAUGAUUCUUCAUGCUCAACGCAAGCAAGACAAAAUGUCUCAACAAUUUCUCUUCAAUAUCUUUAGUUAUCCGUAUAGAUUUACUGUAAAUGGCAAGGAAGUUCCUUUGGAGUUCUCAAA